CUUCCGGGUUGUGGCUCUGGUAGGUAAACAAUAAUUUGAGGGCAAAAUCACUGACACACGUUUCUAUUUUGUGGCUGAAAAACUAGAAUUGUGCAACUUUUGCCAACAAGGUAGUGGUCCUAUUGUUUUCUGGAAACACAUUAAGCCUCCGUCUGGUCAUGCUGUUCCUUCGGAGGGCGGCCCUCAGCUGCAGAGGUCUGACCGGUCUGCGCUGCAUGCCUGCCAUCGGUUUCACCGCCUCCAGAACCACCGCUACAUACAUCCAGGGCCAGAGCCCGGAACCACGUAUCAGAGAAUACUUCUACUAUAUUGACCACCAAGGACAGCUUUUCCUCGAUGAAACUAAAGUGAAGAACUUUGUCACCUGCUUCAAAGACGUAAAGUUCCUGGUGUUCUUCUUUAGUCGUCUGCGUUCAAAUCAGAGUGGUCGUUACGAGGAGGACUUCCCCUUCUUGUCCCUGUGUGGCAGGGAGAGGAACUUUGUGCGCUGCGACGACCGCCCGGUGGUCUUCACCCACCUGCUGCAGAGUCCUGCGGGGGCCCCGGGAGUCCCUGGAGAUCAGGAGCUGCUGUCAUUCUGCGGUGGCGCGGAUAAGCUGUCUGCCCCGUUCCGCCCAGAGACACUGUACAUGCACCCUGUCAGCGGACGACUCUACCACCCCUGCUCAGAGCGUGAUGGGGGGGUCGGCCUGGUCCGGUCUGCUCUGGCAAUUGAGCUCAGCCCAUUUUUUGUUUAUGCAUCGGAGCACAGCGAAUCAGGACAGCCGACGCACUUUCUCUGGGGUGGACAGAAGCACACAUUAACCAAUGAGCUCGCAGGAUGCUUCCCAACUGUGGAGAAGGGCAGUGGAGAGCAGGAUGAGCUGGGAUAAAUUACCAAAUGAGUCAAAGGUGUGCAUUACAUUUUGAAAUGCUGUCCAGAUAAGCCGUCAGGGUCCCAUACGGGCAACUGGAGACGACUACGUCCUCACAGUGGGGAUCACAAUGUGACCGUUACUGUUUGGAGUCUGAGCUGAUGUGUUUUCCAACACUACUGUAUGCGGUUUGAGAAAUAUGGACUGAUGAUGCAGUGCUUUUUAUUGAAUUGUUUUGCUUGAGACCCCUCAAACAAAGCACCGCCAAUUCCCCUAUAGAUUCUCUCGAUUAAUGGGAAUUAUAUUUAUCGUUCUGAAGUGGUAUAAAUAUUCAGUAUUCACAAUUAAAAAAAUCAGAGGCUUGCUUAUAGGUUGUGGCACCUGUCAAUCAUCUCAAACCUAUUCAUCCUCAAUUUGUUAUGCCAUUAUCCUCUUUAGAAAGAUUCAAGAAAGGUAACCUCGCAAAUAGAGUACAGAUACAUCUAAUUUUUUUUUUUAAAACAGAAAAUCCCAGAUUAAUGCUUAUCCUACAUGGAUAUAACAGAUAAUAUAUCAUUUUUAUAAAAUAUUAAUACCUAAUACAGUAUUGGAUUUAAUAACUAUAAAGAUUGUAUGCAGUGUUGCGGUUGCUUAGAAAUCAUUAAAAAAAAA